AUGUGUGCUCCCAUCGUGGAAGCAGUGACUGUUGUGAGACACACAGAGGAAGCCCUGGAGGGUGUUCUGCGUCACUGGCCCGGGUUGCUUAGCACCAGUGGACCAUGAAGAGGUGGCUUGGCAGCUUUUUUCCCCUGUGUGUCCUAUUGGAGAGCCAAACACAGCAACGGAGCAGCGGAGGUGAUGGCAGUGCAGGCAGGGAUGCUCGAGCUGCCCUUCAUCCAUGAUGACCAGCUCACCCGGUGCAUGAGGCUGCGAUUCCAGAGCCUGCAGCAGAAGAAGGGGAGGCCCCAGGAUGGUGAGAAGCUGCUGCAUCCCAAUGAGCACAUCUACAGAGUGGAUUUCAUCCGGCAGCACAACCUGCGCUUCCUCCGCUGGGAUAUACAGCUGGAGAGACCUGGGAAGGUCACAGUGACCGGUACAUCCCAGCACUGGACUCCUGAUCUCACCCACCUUAUGAACAGGCAGCUGCUGGAGCCGGUGGGUGUCUUCUGGAAGAAGCCAGGGGCUGAGGAUGUGGAAUGCAAUGAAGCAGAUGCCCAGGAAUUUGGGGAGCGGAUAGCAGAGUUAGCCCGCAUCCGUAAGGUGAUGUAUUUCCUCCUCGCUUUCACUGAUGGCCUCGAACCAGCUCAGCUGCAGGGCUCCAUUGUUUUUAAAGCCUGA